AUGGAGCAGAUACUCCGGCGCCAUGUAUAUCAAACUCCCGACAAAGAAGCAAUAAUCGAGGGGUCGACUCAUCUUACAUAUUCAGAACUUCUCAAGACCGCCUCUCGCUUCAUUCAUACCAUAUCCUUGCUGGGGUCUGUAGAAGAUGAUGAGCCUAUUGGAAUUCUUCUUCCAGCUGGGUUGAAGCAAGUCGUGGCUCAAGUGGCAGUACAUCUUGCCGGUGCCACCUGUGUCCCACUGGACAUCUCCCAGCCCCCUAAAAGGAUCAAGAGCAUGUUGUCAGAAAUUGGUGCCAAGAGGCUCUUGCUUGAUACUGAUCUUGUUGAUGCUUUUCCUGAGUUCUCCUGUGUCACAAUGGGAGAUUUAGAGGCGGAUAGCUGCGAUGGAAAUUCCUCCAAAUCUUUGAAUAUCGCAAACGGUGAUAGUGUUGACCACAAGUAUCGGCGAAGCCAUAUUCUCUUCACCUCAGGUUCAACUGGCCGACCCAAGGCAGUUCAGAUUAGCGAAAAGAGCAUCAUCCACCUGUCUUCCAAGUCCGAUGUGACCCCAUUACUCGGAGACGACCGUGUUGGGGAAUUGAAUAGUCCUGGCUUUGAUCUUAGUUUAUUUGAAAUUUGGGUCACUCUGCUGUCAGGCGCUACGAUUGUGGUGAUUCCCAAGGAUAUUGUUGUCGAUUCGGAUACCUUAUCAGUAUUCCUGGCAGAGAAUCAGAUCACUGUAGUGAUUUUCCCAACUGCACUCUUCAAUAUCACUGUUUCGGUUCUGCCAAGUUCCUUUCAGGGUCUUCGUCAUGUCCUAGUAGCUGGAGAAGCAGCGAGCGUCCGGGCCAUGCGAUCUGUCUUGAACAGCCAGCCUCCCCAGCACCUAUGGAAUGCCUACGGGCCAACUGAGGGCACCACUAUGGUGACCAUGUUUGAGGUUACAUCUACUGAAGCACAACGAGAUCACAUAAGUAUUGGAUAUCCUAUUGGUGAAACAGAAAUAUAUUUGAUCGACGACAACGCGCAACUAAUCUGGGAAUGUGGCCUCAGUGGGGAGAUCUGCAUCGCAGGUCCAGCAAAGUCUGCCGGAUACCUCAACAACCACAGUGACAAUGCCGAGCGCUUCAUUAAAAUCUCGACCAAAUCAGAUGGCAAUGGCCAGGUUGAUGCCUAUCGAACCGGUGACAUAGGUCAAUGGAGGAGCGAUCUGCCUGGCUGUCUUGACUAUAUCGGUCGGAAAGACACACAAGUAAAACACCAGAGCUUCCGUGUUGAAUUGGAAGAGAUCGAACGUGUUCUUCAAAGGGAUAAUAGGAUUGCAUAUGCUGUGGUCACAAAGCUGAAUCACCCGCAAUCUCCUGGAUCUUCCGUCUUGGUGGCCCAUAUUAUUCCUAGCAAGGGAAAUGAGAAGAUCGCGCCAGAUCUCCUGCUUGAAUCAGCACGAGAGACACUGCCUUACUAUAUGGUUCCUAGAAGAAUUGAAAUCGUCUUUAACUUUCCGUUAACACCAAACGGGAAAGUUGACCGGAGGACAUUAACAGACCGUCCUAGUUCAGCCCAGUCGUUAGGAUGUACCAGUCGACAAAAAAAUCCCAAGAACCUUGCCAAUGGAGAAAAUAAGAGCUCCACUGUGACCAAGCUCUGGAAAGAUCUCCUUGGCGUGCCCCAUAUCGAGGAAGAUGAUGAUUUCUUUCUCCUGGGAGGAACUUCGUUGCAAUCAGCAGCAUUGAUCGCAUUGAUCCUAGGCCGAACCGGGCGUCGUAUUACCAUGAAAGAGCUUCAUUGUCACUCUCGGCUAACACAACUAUUACAAUUUCUUGAACUAGAUGGGGCGGGUCAGGAAAUAGCCCCAGAUGAUACCAUGAUCUGGAAGGGUGAUGUCGAUAUUGUCGAUGACAUCUCUUUAGUUCCAGACUGGGAGUCUGAGAGAGAAGGAAGAGUGUUUCUCACAGGUGCGACAGGAUUUAUUGGUGUGCAUCUAUUACAAUACCUCUUGCAGCGACCUGGGGUCAAGCAAGUUGCCUGUCUUGUACGUCGAAAAGAUAACAAGAGCGCUGCUGCUCGACUACAACAGGCGAUGGAAAAGUACGAAUUGUACUCCCCUUCACUAAAGCUGGUGCAGAAACUUCUUGUAUUAGAAGGUGAUCUGGGAGAAAGAGACCUGGGACUUGGGAAACAGCGAUUUGACUGGCUUACCAACUGGGCGAGCGUCAUUUUCCACUUGGGCGCGAAAGUCAAUUACAAUGAAACCUAUGAGGAGCACUACAGGGAUAACAUUCUGGGCACCCGGAAUAUCCUCCAGUUAGCGGCUCAAGGGCGUCGCAAAGGGGUUCAUUACAUGUCCAGUAUCGACGUCUUCGGUCCAACUGGAUACAUCCUUGGAACCCGAGUGAUUCUGGAAGAUGCGCCAACUUUAGCCCAUUUACAAGCAUUGCGGUUUGAUAUAGGCUAUGCACAGAGCCAAUGGACAGCAGAAAGCAUGGUUCGUCGCAUGCGAGAUCGAGGACUCCCUAUCAGUAUCUACCGACCAGGCUUCGUCAUCGGUCACAGCAAGACUGGAGCCAGCAACCUGGAUGAUUUUGUGAGUAGGCUGUUUGUAAGCUGCAUCCAGAUGGGUCUCUUCCCUCAUGUUGCACACAUGCGCUUUGAAUAUAUUACGAUUGAUUACUUGCUUGAUGCAAUGAUUCACAUCGCCUCAUCGAACAAGAACAUGGGUCGGAGUUACCAUCUGGUCGCUUCAGAUCAAACCAAGUCUUGGACGAUGGAUGAAACAUUUGACAUUUUCAAUAACAGCAAUUACCCAAUGAAAAUGAUCGAUUAUGACCUAUGGGUUGAUCGAGUUAUCAAAGUGCAACAGACUGAUGGUCCUCUUGUCCCUCUAAUCCCAGUCUUGCAAGAGCCGGUUCUUGGACGUUUAACCCGAUGGCAGACUAAUGCACAUGGGCCGCGUUAUGACACGACAAAUACUGAUAAUGCACUGGCAGACCGUUCAGAUAUCCAAUACAUUCCGUUAAACCCGGAAAUCUUGCAGCGAUAUGUGGAUUUCUGGGAUCGCAAAGGGUUUUAUCAUGUUUGA